CAUUCAUUUUCGUACAAAAAAUCCAUCGGUCAAAAAAGGAAGGACUUAAAAAAAAGAAGAAGAUUAUCAGAUGGCAAAAACAUGUUCAAAAACUGGUCAGUUGGGGGCAGUGGUAUUAAAAAUUGGCAUUCCUCUAGCUUGUUCUGCAGCAGGUGGCAUAUGCGCCAUAAUGAUGGAAAAACUCAUGGAAAAUAGGCACUUGAGAAGCCAUAAUUGUUCUUCAUUUUCAAUUGCUUUAGAGGAUGAGGAAAUUUCAGAAACAGAGGAACAAAAACCCAAUGUUGAGAAGAAGGUAAUUCAAAGCUUAAAAGACAGAGUUGAAGAUCUUGAAAGAAAAGAAGUGGAAAUAGAGAGGCAGUUCAUUAGGUACCAAAAUUUAAAAGAAAGGGAAGCUUUGCUGGUGGAGAUGAAGAACAGCUUGGUUAUGGAUAUGGGUCAUAUCAGCUUCUUGGAAAGGGAGGUUUUGUGGAUGGAAGAAGAAAUCAAGAGGUUUGAGGGUUUGGUGUCAGAAUAUUUGGGAGUUGCAGAGCAGGUUGAAGGGCAAAGAAGAGAGAACAGGUUGCUUGUGAGAGAAGUAAAGAAGAUUAAGAAGAGAUUGGAGGAACAAUCGAAGAUGAUAAGAGAGAAGAAUUUGGAGAUUGAAGAUUGUAAAACGAAACUUGAAAUGGAAACGAAGAGAAGGAUGUUAGAGAAGGUGGGGAAUGAAGUAAGAGAGUUGAAUAUGCAAAUGGCUGAAUUAAAGAUCAAAGAAGAAAAGGCAGUGACAAGUGAGAAUUUCGAGAAGCUUUCAAAUGAAGUGAAUCAGUUGAAAGAUGCAAUUGAGAUGUUAAGAAAGAAAGAACAGCAAGAACAGCAAGAACAGCAAGAACAGCAAGAACAGCAAGGGCAGAAAGAAAAUCCAGAUCACAAACCUCUGGAUCGAAAGGAAUCGUCGUCUGAUAAAACUAACUCCACAAGGACAAAGCUUCUUCAUAGAAUAAUCUGUAUUGGGGGGAAAUGAAAAGAGGAAAUACUUCAUAAUAUUCUCCAAAUCCUUAUCCA